AUGCAACCGAUCCAUCCAAUUAUAGAAGGUUAACGCACAAGAACCAUCUAUAAUUUAAUUAAGGACUAGAAAUAUAAAGAUGCCAUCAAUUAUUUGAAUUACGAACUAUAAUUUUGUCCAAAAAGCAGACCUCUUUCACUCUUAGCAUAUUGUCAUUAUAUGAAUUAAGAUUUUUCCUAAGUUGUUACUAUGUAUAUCUAAUCUAAUAUAGUUAUGAACAAUUAGUUAAGUAUUAUCCAGAAAUUGAUGACUACAAAAUCUAUAUAGCUCAAUCUUAUUACAAAGAUAGUAUACUUAUAUGGUAUUCUCAAAUAUAGGUUUAUAUGAUGAAGCACUCAAGAUUUGUGCUUCUGUUGAAAAUUCUUAAUAUUAAGGUAAAAUCUUAUAACUUUAAGCAUUGAUUAGAUAUGAAAAAAAAAUGAAUUUUAACAUGCAAAAACAUUACUUAAAUAAAAUGAUAUGGAUGAUCCUAAUACAAUAAUAAAUGAAGCUUGUAUUUUAUAUAAAGAGAAUAAAUUUGAAGAGGCUAGAUAAAGAUUUUAAGAUGCAAUGAAUCUAACUGGUUAUUCAUGUGAAUUGUCAUACAAUAUUGCACUUUGUUAUUAUAAAUAAAAGUAAUUGGCAUAAUCAUUGAAAUUUAUUGCAGAAAUUAUUGAAAGAGGAGUCAGAGAACAUCCUUAAUUAGGUGUUGGAUCAAAUUCUGAAGGAAUUGAAGUCAAAAGUGUUGGAAAUUCAUAAGCAUUAAAAGAGUCAGCCCUUAUUGAGGCUUUUAAUUUGAAAGCUGCAAUAGAAUAUUCAAUAAAAAAUUAUUCAGCUGCCAAAGAAGCUUUAAUUGAUAUGCCUCCAAGAGAAGAAGAGGAACUAGAUCCAGUUUCUUUAAUGAAUUAAGCAUUAACAUAGAAGAGUAAACAGCUGAAGGAUUUAAGAAAUUAAAUCAUUUAUUAUAAAAUCCUCCAUUUCCAUCUGAAACUUUUUCAAAUCUAUUACUAUUGUAUUGUAAAUAUGGAUAUUUUGAUAUGGCUGCAGACAUAUUAGCAGAAAAUGCUGAUCUCACAUUUAACACUAUCAGUUAAGAUGAUUUUGAAUUUGUAGAUGCUCUAAUUUUAACAGCCAGUAGUCCGGAGGAAUCAUUCAGGAAAUUCUAAUUAUUGGCUAAUAAGCAUAUUGAUACCUUAAGGAGAAUUACAAAAUCAAUUUAAGAUUCUCGAUUAAAUAGAGAUAAUAAGGGUAUAAAGAAAUCAUUGAAAGAAUUUGAUGACUGUCUUGAAAAAUUUAUACCUGUUUUGAUGGCUUAAGCUAAAAUCUAUUGGGAUAAGGAUAAUUAUUAAUAAGUUGAAAAACUAUUUAGAUAAUCAGCAGAAUUUUGUGCAGAUCAUGAAGUUUGGAAAUUAAAUUUGGCUCAUGUUUUUUUUGUUUAAGAUAAUAAAUAUAGAGAAGCCAUUAGAUAUUAAGAACCAAUAGUUAAGAAAAACAAUGAUAAUCUACUAUCAUUAACAGCAAUUGUUGUAGCUAAUUUAUGUGUCAGUUACAUUAUGGUAAAUUAAAAUGAGGAUGCUGAGGAAUUAAUGAAAAAAUUAGAGGCUGAGGAAUAAAAAUCAUAAGUUUAAGAACCUGAUAAACCUGUUUAUCAUCUUUGUAUAGUAAAUUUAGUUAUUGGAAUAUUAUAUUGUUCUAAAAACAAUUAUGAAUUUGGUGUUUCAAGAGUAAUCAAGUUUUUGGAACCUUAUAAUAAAAAAGUAGAAUUAUAUUGAUAUAUUCUAAUUAGAUUAACACAGAUUUUUGGUUUUAUGCAAAGAGAUGUUUUCUUGCACUUAUCGAAGUGUUAGCAAAACACAUGAUCAUAUUAAAAGACACAUCUUAUAGUGAAAUAUUGGAUUUCCUAGAUGCAGCAGAUUCCUUUGGUAAAGCAAUACCAUCUGUAAUAAUAAUAUAUCAUAUUUAGGUGAUCAACCCUCUAGAAUAGAUGAAUGAAAAGCAUACAGUUUCAUAUGAAGCAAGAAUGAUCAAGAGGAUUAUUUUAAAAUUAAGAAUGUGA